AUGCCACAACAGAGUCAAAGAAGGUCUGAAGGAGUGCCCCCUGCACCCCGAAAGACCAGCCCUCAGCAGAAAGACUCUGCUCUGUCCCUUCUUGUACAGAGCAGCAUAAUUAUCAGUCCAGUCCAGUUUAUUGUUCAGAUGAACACCCAGGUAUUUGUAAGAUUUCAGAAUCUCAAUGUCUGCUCCCUGGAUGUUCACUGGUGUCGGGGGGGAGUGUUGGCGCCGUCUGAAAUCUACCACCAGCUCCUUGGUCUUCGCUGCGUUCAGCUGAAGGUGGUUCCUCUGGAGCUGGUUCCUCUGGAGGGGGUUCCUCUGGAGGUGGUUCUUCUGGAGGGGGUUCCUCUGGAGGUGGUUCCUCUGGAGGAGGUUCCUCUGGAGGGGGUUCCUCUGGAGCUGGUUCCUCUGGAGGUGGUUCCUCUGGAGGAGGUUCCUCUGGAGGAGGUUCCUCUGGAGGUGGUUCCUCUGGAGGUGGUUCCUCUGGAGGAGGUUCCUCUGGAGCUGGUUCCCCUGGAGGUGGUUCCUCUGGCACCAGAGGGUGAAGUCCUGCGUCAGCUCCCUGUACUCCCUGUCGUCCUCGUUGGAGAUGAGGCCAACGAUGGCGGAGUCGUUAGAGAACUUCUGCAGGUGGGAGAGGGACCUCUGCAGCAGGUAGAUGACGGCGUCAUCCACCCCGAUGGCAGGCUGGUAGGCGAACUGCAGCGGGUCCAUUGA